UUGAAGGGAAUAGAUGGAGUCUGUUGUUCAAUCAUAUUCAUAGUUUAUUUGAUUUUAUUAAAAUUUUUUAAAUAAUUUAACCUAUAAUAUAAAAUUUUUGACUUUUUAAAAAUAUGGAAAGAAAUUCUGAGAAAUACCAAAAUCGAUUUUCAAACAAAACCGAGUCUGAACAUGAAAAUAAUGAGGAUCAUUACAAUCAAUCGCCGAUGAUAUUGGAUCUUGAUGAAAAUUCUAAACAGCAACAAAAACUUCAAUUUAAAGAAUCUCCUUUUAGCUCGAUAAAUAACAUUCCAAACUCCAUUCAUCAUUCUUCAGAGUUAACUGAAGAGGAUCUUACUAUUCGUCGACAUAAUUUGCGAAAGCGAUGGCAAGACGCUGCAGCAUUUGAUCAACGUAUUCAUCAAACCACUGAUGUAGUUUCAGUUAUACGUAUAUUGGAGAGCGAAAUUGUUGAAUCCACUUCUCAUUCGGACCUAUUACAAGAAAAAAAUCUAAAAUCCAUACAUCGCGAACCAUCGCAAACAGAAAAGGAUUACAAAAAGUCGGCCUGUGAUCGCGAGCGCACACGGAUGCGCGAUAUGAACCGAGCGUUCGAAUUGCUGCGUUCCAAACUACCUGUCUGCAAACCUCCUGGGAAAAAGCUCUCCAAAAUCGAGUCCCUACGUCAUGCAAUAAUGUACAUCAGGCAUUUACAGAGCCUGCUUGAACCACAGCACAUUUACGGUACGCCUAGCAACGUUGAAAGCAGACAACCGAACCUAGGCCCACCAUCAACUUACCUUGGUCCAACUCCUACUGCUACUCCCUACGUCGAGACUCAGCGACAUCCACGCUGGGAUGACUAUACUUAUUACCGCUACGACUAUCACUCAACUUUUGGAUUAAAUCCAAUAAAUGCCACCUCCCUGCCACCACUCAGACCGAUCCCGAACCUCGAACAUCAGGAACACUUGGAACAACAACAUCAAUGCACUUACAUCUCAAGAUCCUAACAUACGCGAAUCUCUCUAACCUUGAGUGAAUAAAAUAUAUAAUGUCUAUUGAUGAAUAGAUAAUUUAAACUUUCAAAAAUUAAAAGAU